UGCAUCUGUGGCCGUGGGGAGCCGAGGAGCAGGUAACGAAGGCGCUUCCCGAGGCGGGACUGGACCAAGCCAGAGGGACCGAGUCUUCUGGGUCUCUGCCGGACGCCCUGGAGGGGAGAGAAGCGGGGGCUGAACCCCCAGACCUCCAGAAAUGACGUCAGAAUCAUUUGCAUCCCGCUGCCUCUACCUGCCUGGUCCAGCUGGGACCCUGCCUCGCCGGCCCCCUGGCCAGAGGGUUGGAAAUUAAUGAUCAUGAGCUCGUAUUUGAUGGACUCUAACUACAUCGAUCCGAAAUUUCCUCCAUGCGAAGAAUAUUCGCAAAAUAGCUACAUCCCUGAACACAGUCCGGAAUAUUACGGCCGGACCAGGGAAUCGGGAUUCCAGCAUCACCACCAGGAGCUGUACCCACCACCGCCUCCGCGCCCUAGCUACCCUGAGCGCCAGUAUAGCUGCACCAGUCUCCAGGGGCCGGGCAAUUCGCGAGGCCACGGGCCGGCCCAGGCGGGCCACCACCACCCCGAGAAAUCACAGCCGCUCUGCGAGCCGGCGCCUCUCUCAGGCGCCUCCGCCUCCCCGUCCCCAGCCCCGCCAGCCUGCAGCCAGCCAGCCCCUGACCAUCCCUCCAGCGCCGCCAGCAAGCAACCCAUAGUCUACCCAUGGAUGAAAAAAAUCCACGUUAGCACGGUGAACCCCAAUUAUAACGGAGGGGAACCCAAGCGCUCGAGGACAGCCUACACCCGGCAGCAAGUCCUGGAAUUAGAGAAAGAGUUUCAUUACAAUCGCUACCUGACCCGAAGAAGAAGGAUCGAGAUCGCCCACUCGCUGUGCCUCUCUGAGAGGCAGAUCAAAAUCUGGUUCCAAAACCGUCGCAUGAAAUGGAAGAAGGACCACCGACUCCCCAACACCAAAGUCAGGUCAGCGCCCCCGGCCGGCACUGCGCCCAGCACCCUCUCCGCAGCCACCCCGGGCACUUCUGAAGACCACUCCCAGAGCGCCACGCCGCCGGAGCAGCAACGGGCAGAGGACAUUACCAGGUUAUAAAACAUAACUCACACCCUGCCCCUAUCCCAGGCCCCCCAUCCUCCCCUCACACACAAAUUGACUCUUAUUUAUAGAAUUUAAUAUAUAUAUAUAUUUUGGUUCUUUUCUCUCUUCCUCCCACCUUCCCCCUUGUCAAUUCCAAACAGACAAAACAGAUAAACAAGCCCCCUGCCCUUCUCUCCUUUCCACUGUUAAGGACCCUUUUAAGCAUGUGAUGUUGUCUUAGCAUGGUACCUGCUGGUUUUUUGUUGUUGUUUUUUUUUUUUAAGGCCAUUUUGGGGGGUUAUUUAUUUUUUAAGGGAAAAAAACUGCAGAAAUUAUAUAUUGCAAGGUGUGAUGGUCUGGUUUGGGUGCAUUUCAGGGGAAAUGAGGAAAAGAAAAAAGGAAAGAGAUUUUUAAGCCAGUACUCCUCCUCCUCCUUCCCCCCUCUUUCCUUAGGCCUUUUGCAUUGAAAAUGCACCAGGGGAGGUUAGUGAGGGGGAAGUCAUUUUAAGGAGAACAAAGCUAUGAAGUUCUUUUGUAUUAUUGUUGGGGGGAGCUGGGAGGAUAAGGGGGAAGACAGCAGACAAAGCUAAAUGCAUCUGGAGAGCCUCUCAGAGCUGUUCAGUUUGAGGAGCCAAAAGAAAAUAAAAAUGAACUUUCAGUUCAGAGAGGCAGUCUAUAGGUAGAACACCCCACCCCACCCCCCAUCGUGGUUAUUGUGUUUUUGGACUGAAUUUACUUGAUUAUUGUAAAACUUGCAAUAAAGAAUUUUAGUGUCGAUGUGAA